AGCCACGAGACCCUACAACUGCCCGGCAAAAACAAGUUUUGUCUGGCAAAUUCGACCCAAGCGGCGCGCGACCGACCCGCAACGGUCUCCUGCCUCUCGGCGUCACGGCACUGCGCGUGCGCAACCUCCUGUCAAACGCACGGACGGAGGCCGGGAAGAAAAAAGGCGGGAGCCGCCAAUAUCAGGUGGAGCAAAAUGGCGCGGGAGAAUGAGAUGCAGGAGUUCACCCGUAGCUUCUUCCAAGGCCACCCGGACCUCAGCACGCUUACGCACUCCAUCGUGCGGCGGCGAUUCUUGGCUCACGCGGGCCGCGACCACCUGGAACCUGAGGAGAAGCAGGCACUGAAGCGGCUGGUGGAGGAGGAGCUGCUGAAGAUGCAGGUGGAUGAAGCGAGUGCGAAGGAAGAGAGGCUCCGCGUUGGUAAAAAGGCGAAGAGGUCUUCCGCCCCUUGCCGUGGCCCAGAGAGAAAAAGGUUCCGUUUCAAUUCAGAGUCAGAGCCCAGCUCUGCAGCCCCCAGUCCAGACCGCCUCAGCCCCUCAGCAAAGAAUGGGAUGGCAGCAGAUGUCACUCCAACCAAGGAUGAGAGUCCAAAUCAGGCCUCAAAGAAAGCAACUGAGAGCAGUGAUGAGGAACAGCAGAGGGACCUGAAUGCAAAGAUCAGAUUAGAGAAGGAGGUGGUGAAGGAGAGCAGUGAGGAGGAGGAAGAGGGCUCUGCCAGAAAGAGAAAGGUCUGGAAAGAAGAGAGCAGUGAGGAGGAGGAAAAGGAGUCCAAGGGCAGGACUAGGAAGAAGCCUGGGACAAAGACCAAGCAGGCACCAGGCAAGGCCUCAGGCAGUAGGAAGCAGGCUAGGGAGGAGAGUGAGGACAGCGAGGAGGAACCUGCCCAGGGGCCGGGAAAGAAAGGCGCUAAGAGCCACCAGGAAAGUGCAAAGGAGAGUGAGGAGGAGACCCUAACCAAGAAGAAAGAGAACAGAGGGGAAGAAGAGGACUGGAAACCCACAGCCCAGAGCAGUGGAGGGAAAAGAUCAGUUCGGGAGGAGAGGAGCUGUAAGCAGAAAAGCAGGGCAGCACGACUGCUGGGAGACCAGGGGGACAGAGAGGAACAGAAGGAAAAAGCCGCAGCAAGCAGUGGUGAUAGCAGUGAGGAAGAUGAAGAGCCCCUGGUACAGAGGAAGCGCAAAGACAGGACCCAGGGAAAGGGUGGGAAAAGGCAGAGUGGAAGCAGCAAGGAGGAUGGAGAAGACAGCCCGAGGAAGGUGAAACGAACUACUGGCAAGACAGCCAAAGAGGGCAGCAUCAGUGGUGAGGCAAGCGACUCGGAGAAGGAAGUGAGUAAUAGCGAGGCAGAGGGGAGCCCCAGGAAGGAGAGGAAGAACCGCUCUUCCAAGAAGAGCUCCAAGAAAGGCAGGACACGAAGUUCCUCCUCCUCUUCCAUAGAUGGCAGUCCAGAACGUAAAGGCAGGAAGGCUGGCUCUGGUCGCUCUGGUGAGGACCACCCCGCUGUGAGGAGGCUCAAGCGCUACAUCCGGGCCUGUGGCGCCCAUCGAAACUACAAGAAGCUGCUGGGUUCCUGCCGCUCACGCAAGGAACGCCUGAGUGUUCUCCGGGCAGAGCUGGAAGCCCUGGGCAUGAAGGGUAACCCUUCCUUAGAGAAGUGUCGGGCUCUGAAGGAGCAGCGGGAAGAGGCAGCUGAGGUGGCCUCUUUGGACAUUAACAACAUCAUCAGCAAUUCAGACAGGCCACGCAGACGCACAGCCUGGAACCCUUCAGGAGAAGCAGCCCCACCAGGGGAGCUAUACUGCAGGACCCUGGACUCAGACGAAGAGCGGCCCCGCCCCCCACCCCCAGACUGGUCACAUCUGCGGGGCAUCAUCAGCAGUGAUGGCGAGAGCAACUGAGCUCCCCCAACCCCAGGAGGGACUUUCCUCUGGUAGAAAGUGUAUACAGCAUUCUUCUCACCACAACCCCCAACUCUGCCUACAGAGCAGAAGCAUCUUUCUUUAGAGGACCCACAGCCCCCACGGACACAACCGGUUUGGGAUUCUACUUCUCAGCUGCACAUUCUCAAUUUAAGGUGUUUACAGGGAUU